AUGAAUUUGGAGAACUCUGAAAAUUUUAAUGUAUCAGAAGUUGAAAUUUAUUCAAACUGGAACAGUGCUAUAAAAUGUGUUGAGAGUCUUUUACAACAAGAAAUUCUUCCAUUUUCACUUAAUUAUGACCAACCUGGUAGUAGUAUAGACACAGAAAAUUUAUAUUUUAUAAAAUCUGACCCUUCAACAUGGUUUCUUAAAUCAAAUGCUAAGUUGAGAAGUAAUUCCAUCUUUCAUCGAGCUAUGUGGGUAUGUAUAUGUGCUGGAAAAUCUAAAAGUAAAAAUAAUAGUGAACAGAUUAAUGCUCAAGCUUUAUCCCAACAAGAAUUAUUUUUGAUGCAAUCAUUAUAUGCAGUGCAAUAUUUUAAUACUAUAACAAGGAAGCCUGGAAGUGUACAUGUUUAUUUUAAAAAUCAGCAUUUAGAUGAAUGCAAAACACAUUCUUCUACACUAAAAACUAAUCCACAGAUUAUUCAAUGGGUUCUUUACUCGCGUAAUUCUUAUUUGGAUGCUAAUGAUAAAAUUUCUACUGAACUUUUACUAAAAAACUUGUCCUGUUUGGAAUCAAAGCAAUCACCAUUUAAUGUAGAAAAUUUAUCACCAAAUAAUUCCAUUUUAUUUUGGCAACAGCAACAAUGCCUUUGUUAUAAAGAUUCAAAAGAAAAAGGAUAUUAUAAAUCUGCAAACUAUGCUACUGGUUCAACUAAUCAAUAUAGAUGGCUUUUAUAUAGCAUUAUCAUAGGAGAUGAAGGAGGUCAUGGAAUACCAUUAGCUUUUAUGAUUACUAGUUGGGAAAUUUUUAUAAUUGAUAAAAGUGAUACUGAAAUUCUAGCUAUUAACAUCUUUUAUAAAGAACAAAAAGUUCUUAUGUUUCUUUGUUUUUUCCAUUACAUAUGGUGUCGUAGAAUUUCCUUAGAUGUACGACCAACAGUUAUUGCUUUUGUUAGAAAGCUUAAAUUAGUUAUUACUAUUGAAGGAUUUAAUCAAUUAGAACAAGAUUUUAUUAAAUGGAUUUUAACUACUAACAACUUAACAAAAUUACUUUCUUACUAUAAAAAAGAAUGGCAGUCAUGA